CUGAUGUUGCUUUCCACUCCAGGCAUACGAGUAGAUAACAGAGCAUUCAAUCGAGCAAAAAAUGGCGGAUGACAAGGAUCCUUUCAAACAGAUGAAGGAUCUCAACCAGCUCAAGAAUCAGCUGGAAGAGAUCCAGAAACGUGUGGAGAGUGAAUUUGUAGAAGGAAUCCCGCAGGGGGGCUCUGUGCUGGCAUCUCCCUUCCUGAAGGGCUUCCUGGCUGGCUAUAUGGUGGCCAAGCUCCGCUCCUCAGCUGUUAUAGGAGUGCUACUGGGAACAUUCACAGGCAUCUACGCUGCACAGAACUAUCAGGUUCCCAACAUCGAAAGCACUCUGAAAGACUAUAUGAGUUUGUUUAGAAAAGGACCCAAGUAAUGGGAAGAACCAGGCCUAGGCUUCAUCUUCUAACUGCCUGAGGUUUGGGGCACAACCACCAUGUCUCUUUUUCAGAGGCUCAAACCUCUCCUUUGUAUACUGUAAAAAAUAAUAUUUGUUUUUAACUGGAUUUUGGUCUGAAAGAGUGUGUUUGCUUUGGAUUUUGUGCAAAUGUUAAAGGGUGAAUCUGUCAGUGCCCUGGGAAAAUAUCUGUUAUUCUCUCUGCUGAUCAGAUUAUAAAGUGUGUAAAAGGGGAUAAGGUUAUGUGCCUUGAGUGUAAGGUUACAUUGCAGGGGUGUUUGACUGCUUGCCUUAGUAACAUUGCCUGGUGCAGCCAUCUAGGCCUAAUUGAUUUUCAGAACAUGGGGUCUGGGUCCCUGUUGCAGCAGGUGGUGGAUGAAGGGGAGUCCUCCUGGCCACUCUGCGCCUGACUGGGUACCUGUCUGCCCUGCACGACCCUCCCUGUCGCUAGGCUGAGGACCAGGCGAGUCCCAGCCUUCACAUCACAGCCUGAGGCCUUGUGCUGGUCUACUAUUUCAUCUCAGGGCUAGUAGCCAUCUACACAGAGCGGUUGCUGAAGAGCCAGCGACUACCCCUGUACCUGCAUGUGUUUGGAGUGGCCAUCAACAGGGUUUUCCACCUCUCCAGCAUGGGGGGGAGAACAGGGUUUCCUGGAGGAUUACUCGGGGUGGUGUGGGCCAUUGUGGCAGGCAGCUAAUGGGUUGCUGAUGUCAGUACUGCUGAACUAUGGUAGUGGCAUCCCCAGGCUAUUUGUCAUCUCCUGCUCUAUGCUGGCCAACACCCUCCUAUCCUGGGUUCUACUGGGCCUGCAGUUCACCCCCUUCUUUCUGUUACCCACUUCUAUGAUCAGCCUGGCAGCCUAGCUGUACUACAGGUAGCAGGACUCUGCCUGAACAUACCUGUGUUAUGGACAGUGGACCUCUGUUAACUCCCAUUCCACUGCUCCACCACAAUCUCUGGCAGCAUUAUUUACCAGAUGAUACAUUGACAUUCAGGUUGGAAUGUUUUUAAUUUUUUUAUGAUGCAUUUAUUUAUAUAUAUAACUUUACUUUAGUGACUCAUAGUAUUUUUCAUUUAAUGUCCCAGAUGGUUUAUUUAGUUAAUUAUUUGAAGAUUAAAAUGAUGCAAUAGAAGCUGCACUUUAGGUGAGUCUUGCAGACCCUUCCAUCACAUUGUCACUGGUUUAUUUGCUACCCAUAAUGCACACUGCCUACUUUUCACUAGCCUUUGUUUUCCAGUUUAAUUGAAUUCUGCAAUAUUCAUACUUGUCUUUUCUUCAAUAUAUCAUUGGUGGACUAAUAUAAAUAGUUGGGUUUGGGUAAUACGUCUACAUUAUUUCUACAUUACACAACACUUGAGUGGUGCUAUGAUUGUCAGUAUGGUCAUUUUACAAGCAUUUAUCAUUUCCCCUGCCAAGUAAAAUGGUGCAGAAAGUGUUUCUGAAAUAUUUUAUUUCUUUGGUGUUUUCUAUUCAAAAUAAAAUGCCAUAAAUUCACAAA